UCCGCCCUAACUGGCUGGCAGGCCCAGGCUCCUGGUGGGAGUGGAGAAGGAGAGGGGGCGGGGGAUGCACCGAUUCCUAAGGCGCCAGGAGUAAGGACAAGGAAGCUCAGGCCUGGUUUCGCAGAGCCCUUCUCUGGCUCCGGAACCCGCACCCAAGGGUAGGGGAGUGCAGGGGGAGGGGCAAACUCAGGGCCUUGCCGGGAGGGCAGGCCGCACAGAGUCUAGCCGUUCUUGUCACCGACCCUUCGCCCCCCCCCCACGCCCCCGGCGCAGGGCUGUCAGGUUUCCUGUUUGGAGGUGAAAACCAGCAAAAGCUAGCAAGGCAAAAAGGGGAGGAGGAAAGAACGGGCCUGGCGGGCCUGGCGGCGGCACGGAUGCCCCUACCCGGGCCUGAUCCGAACGCCCCUGCCCCGGCAGUGCCCGCCGCCGGCGUUCGGGAAAGGGAGCCGGGCGGGCCGGCUGUGCGCGCCCAUUAAUCUGCCGGGCGGGCGGCGGGCGGGCGGGCUGGGGGCUGUUUGUAACUUUGCUGCCUCGGUCGCCGCGGUCCCCGGGGAGCGGGCUCCGGCGCUCGCUCCCAUUGGCCACCGCCGCGUCAGCUGGUGCGAUUUGCUGCUGUCGCUUUUGGCGUUCGGCCAUCCAGAAACAAACCAGUUCGAUGACUACUAAUAGUUAUAGCCAGAUGUACUAAUACACAACAAAUCACAGUCCUGCAGUGGGGCGCGCAAAUGAGUUCCUAUUUUGUGAAUCCCACUUUCCCCGGGAGCCUGCCCAGCGGCCAGGACUCCUUCUUGGGCCAGCUGCCCCUCUACCCGGCCGGCUAUGACGCGCUGAGGCCCUUCCCGGCCUCGUACGGGGCGUCGAGCCUCCCGGACAAGACGUACACUUCACCUUGUUUCUACCAACAGUCCAACUCGGUCCUGGCCUGCAACCGGGCGUCCUACGAAUACGGGGCCUCGUGUUUCUAUUCUGAUAAGGACCUCAGUGGCGCCUCGCCCUCGGGCAGUGGGAAGCAGAGGGGCCCCGGGGACUACCUGCACUUUUCUCCCGAGCAGCAGUACAAACCCGACAGCAGCAGUGUGCCGGGCAAAGCCCUCCAUGACGAAGGCACCGACCGGAAGUACACGAGCCCUGUUUACCCCUGGAUGCAGCGGAUGAACUCCUGCGCGGGUGCUGUGUAUGGGAGUCACGGGCGCCGAGGCCGCCAGACCUACACGCGCUACCAGACGCUGGAGCUGGAGAAGGAAUUUCACUUCAACCGCUACCUGACACGGCGCCGCCGCAUCGAGAUCGCCAAUGCGCUCUGCCUCACCGAGCGCCAGAUCAAGAUCUGGUUCCAGAACCGCCGCAUGAAGUGGAAAAAGGAAAAUAAACUCAUCAAUUCCACACAGCCCAGUGGGGAGGAAGCUGAGGCAAAGGCGGGCGAGUAGACGCCUGGGCUACGUGUGCUGCCUGGUCAUUCAAAUUGUCAAUUUUAGGUCCAGAAGUGUCCAAACCACAAGUUCUCAAAACUCUCUGAAAAAUGGCUCCCUUCGAGUUAAGGUAAGUUCGCCUCCUGAGCGCUUUCAAGUUUAUUUGUACUCUGGAAACUUUCUUCCUUGAUCUUGCUUUUUCUAUUUCUCUGGCUCAAUAACUCUGAGGUUGCCUCUGAAUUCAAAAGGGGAGAGCAAACUUUUCCUCUGCUUCCCUGAUCAGAGCUAGGAGCCUUGUCUGCGGAGCCACCACGGUGAGCAGCGCCUGUAGCCGGGCUGCAUCCCCGGGCCUAACUUUAAUUGUUGCACCACCGCGGAUGUUAAUGACUUCCGCUGCUCUCGCCGGCGUGCAAAUAGACGAUUUUUGUGUGCGAAUGA